CGUUACAAAAGAUUUGUAUGUGAUGAGCUUGAAGAGUUGAAGAACACUUGGAACUUUGCUUAAGUUGGAAUAAGUAUUUUUCCAACUUCUGCCUUCUCUUGUAGAAGAUAAUGAGUUUGAAUCUCAAGGAGGCUUUUUGCUUUUCAGAGUUUGAAUAUCUUGUAUGAAGAGUUGUAGCAAUGGUUAGCAAAAGUUGCAAAGUUAUCCGGUUGUUCUUCGUAGUGUAUCUUUUAUACUGAGGUUGUCUUCCCGUUGGAGGAGUAGGAGGACAACUGCAUUAAAUGAGCGAUCAGUUGACUUGACUAGUAGAGCCCGGUAAAGUUGGCGGGUUACUAUUUUUGGAUAAAGUAUUCCUGACAAUGCGGCCAAUCAUCUGCAAUUACUCUACGUAGCAUGGGGUGCAUUAAAUGAGCAUUUAAUGCGCACACUGUAGCUUUUCCGUUUCAUACUCCUAGCCGUUGAAGGAAUCUUUUAGUUGAAUUCCCGGUUCUGUGAAAUUCUUCUAAGUGUCAAACCUUCUGGUGUCUUUAAUUGAGAGUAGAACAGAGGAGGUCUGGAGCACUUCUGUUGGGAGAGUAUCCAACAGAGACCCAGAAGGGUUUCUGUCAGAGUAAAGACUAACAGAGACCAUGAGGUCUUCUGUUCUGAAGCAGAGAACCAAAGGUCCUCUGUUUCAAUAAUGCCUUACGAGGGUCUUCUGCUCUUGGAGUCCUUCUGCUCAGAAGGUCUUCUGCUCUGAAGGCAUUCUGUCAAGUCGAUUACUCUAAGAACUUUACAAAGGAAAAUUCUAAUACAUUAAAUCUAAAUAGGGGUACUCUAAAGUCCUAAUUAAUCUAGCAUCAUCAAAAUCUAAAUACAAUUAUUCCUUACAGUAUCUAUCCGAGGGGUUAUUGCGGGGAAUAACUAGAGAGAAGUCAGAGCAAGAGUAAGAGAGAGAAUAUGUAUUGCUGAGAAUGCGUUGAGUAUAUUGAGCCUGAAUUACAAAUGGGGAAAGGAGUGCUAUUUAUAGUAGUAAUAAAUGCAUGAUAGGGACACGUGUCAUCAUUCUGGUGGUCGAGGGAUCACCUCAGCGGGGUGGCACUGGCACUCGCAUGUGGCCGCAUUAAAUGCGGUGGUUGGAUGUGACAUUUGUACUUGGUACGUUGAUCCAGCGCAUGUGGGUGGGAGAUUCUGUCGAGGAGAUGCCCUCGUCCAUAGAUGUUUGGCCAAAGGCUCUUCAUACCGGGGGCCCCUAGGUGCCGAGGGCUCCUGUUUUCGCCACUUCCUCUCAGACACUUUGAGGGCCUUGAAGGAGCUGUACUGUUAGCUCAUGAGCCUUCGGCCAGGGUGCCGAAGGCACCCUAGUGUUCGUCGUGGGCUGCUUGGCACUUGGGGCGCUGUAAUUUGGCCUGCCAUGCUUCUUGGGCCUGUUGGGCUUUUGCUACAGUAGAGGGAGUCUAUAGGCCGAGGGUUCCGGGGCCAUAUACUCCAUCACUUUGUUCCUAUAAAGUGUCACACUCUUGAGGUCAAGACUUCCGCUGUAUGUUUCAAUCUCCCAAAAGAUAUUGGAACACAUUCUGUUUGAGGAAAAAGGGUUGAAAAAGAAAAAUUUUUUAGAAGUCUAUUUACCCCCCUCUAGACUUCUACCUCACUUGGGACCAUCACGUUGUAACUGUUGUUUUACAAGCUUAGUGGAACUAUGGACUAGAGGAACACGUUGUUCCUUGAACCGCUAUAAAACCCCCCCUGUGUCAUUUACUUUACGCAUUUACUUUAUGUACUUAAGAUUCUAACUGUCUAACUCAAAGACUUGGAGUCUGUGUUCAGCAGAUAUGGUCUUGAGAGUUAACAGAAACGCAUUUGCCUUAGUGUUUUCCUGAGGCUUCCCGGACAGAACUCUUAUCCGCUGCCAAGUCGAGUUCUGUCACCAGAACUCGACACUCUCUGUCAUUAAUCCUAGACCUGUUCUGUUACCAGAACCCGACCUUCUCUGUCAAGUCCAUUGUGACUUAGAGAAAAGUUUUAAAAACUUGAACAAUAUAUUCACCCCCCUCUUGACUGUUCCUUGCUUGAACGGGACCAAGAAGUGGUAUCAGAGCCUCCUUGUUCUUGUAAUCUUUUAGGUUACUUGCUGAGCAAAGAUCCACUUGUUUCUUAGCAUUUAUUUUAUAUCUCUUAUUAUGGAUAACACACUUUCCAAGAAUCUUAUAUGUUUUCAGUUACUAAAUUUGAUGACUGGAGGAUCAGGAUGAAAGCCCACCUCUGCGCACUCCAUGAUGACAUGUGGGAAGUUCUUGAUGCAGGCCCUUUUACAGAAUUUACAAACGUGAACCCAGAGUACACCACUGGCAGUGGUCUACCACAAAUGAUCACCAAACUUCGCCAUGAGUGGUCAAAUGAGGAAAGAAGGAAGUACAAUUUUGUCAACUUUGCCAAGGAAGUCCUCUACAAGGCCAUAGAUGACAAAUAUUUCACUAGAAUCAAGAAGUGCACAUCUGUCAAGGAAAUCUGGGAUACACUAACCCUGGUUGGAGCUGGUGAUGAGCAUGAGAAGGACAACAAGCUCACUAUUGCCAUGAAGAAGUUUGAAGAUUUCAAACUCCUCCCCAAAGAAUGCAUAGCUGAGAUGUAUGCAUGCCUGCUCACCCUUACUGCUCAGAUCUCUAAGCUUGGGAAGGAACUGACUCCCAAGGAGAUCAACUUGAAGGUUCUCAGGGGUCUACCUUCACCCUGGAAGAUGAAGGUCGCUGCUAUGAGAGACAACAGGUUCUCAGGACAUACAACAUAGAGAAACUCGUCUCUAAUCUCAAAUAUUAUGAGUUCGAGAUCAAUGAUGAAGAAAAAGAAGAAGCUGAGGACAAAACAACUACUUCCCUCACCACCAGUACUUCUAUGGUAAAUACCUUUGACCCUUCAAUUCUUUUAUCUGACGAAUAUAUGGCUGCCUUUGCCAAGAAGUUUAGGAAAUAUUUGAAGCCCAAGGAUGCCAGAAAUCCAUCCUCCAGCAGAAAGCCAUUUCUGAAGACCAAGUCUUCAGAAAGCACAGGAGAGCUUCUCUGAUACAACUGCAGCAAGCCUGGGCAUUUCAAAAUCAACUGUCCACACCCCAUAGUAUCCAAGAGACAAGGACAGGAAGGAGAGAAGAAGUAUGAGAACAGAAGGAGGAAAGCUCUCAUCUCUGAGCAACCAGAGAAGGACCCCCUUUCUGAAACAGAAUCCAGUUCUGAAUCAGAAUCCGAUGAGGCAUUUGUUAGUAUAUAUGUCCUAGCGACAAUCACUUUUUAGAGAUAUAUGUACUUGAUCACAUUCAGUUUUAUAUAUUUGAUAUAUACGGUAUUACACAUUCAUGAUUAAGCAUUUCGAUUGUCAAUGUCUUAUUCAUAAUUGUGUUCCCUUGGACUUAUGUUGUCAAUAAGUAAGUGAGAGCUUAUAUGAUAAAACAUAAGGUCCUAAAAAGGCCCCAAUCAAUGAUCAUCAAGAAUGGGAUAUUGAUGAUAUGCGAUAAGAUUGGUAUGUGGACUGCAUCAUACUUUUAGAAAGUAUAGUUGAUCUCACGACUAUGAGUUCCUGUAAUUCAUGAUGGUCACAUAGAUAUUUUAGAGAAUAUUGGCAUACCCACCGAGAAACCAUUUGAUAAGUUCUAUUCAUGUGUCUAUGGGAUUAUCGGCGUAUAGAGUAGUGUAAUAGUCCUCCGACUUGAGGUCAAUACGUACUACAUGUGUGGAGUGAUGUACUUUGACCAUGACCAACGCUUGCACUCCAAUCGGGGUAGAUACGGCAUGUGUUGGGUGCAUCACGAAGCACAUGGAGUCGUAGUUGAGCCAAGAAAGGAUUCAUUCCUCAUAAUAGAUUAAGAGAGAACAUUCUACUUCUCAUAUCUAGAUGGAUCAUAAAGUCAUUGGCCAAUGCAAAGAUAUAUUCGUUUUGGAUAUCGAAUAUGAUCGUUAUGGAUCAUCUAGAAAGAUUGAGAGACAGAGACUGAGUUAUUGGGAUAGACACUAUAUCAUGUUCUAGACUUAGUUGAAUGUUCGCUGAAUGAAAGGACCGUAUCACUAUGAGCUCUAUAUUACAGGGAGUUUGUAUAGUCCUCGCAAACGUCCUUAUAUAUUAAGUUUGUCUGGAGAAUCGUCUAGGGAUUCGCUAAGACCUUAAUUUGAUUAGUGCUUAAUAUAUAAGGCCCUAUGGGUCACACAACAAGUGAUUAUACCUUCCGAUUGAAUUGUUAGAAUGAAUUAAAUAUUAUUAAUUGGAUUAAAUAAUAUUUAAUUCGUAAUACUGAAAAUGAAUUAAAUAUUAAUUAGAUUAAACAUAUUUAAUUCAUGAAGCUGAAGGAGAGUUCUAU